AUGCCGAGAAAAGGCGCAAACGACCCACGCAAAGGUAAAGGAGCGAGCGAGCCACCGAAAUCUACCCCACCACUAAGAAGCGACUUCAAGUACCAAGAUCGGCCACGACGCCACUGGAUUAUCGUACAAGAGUUUGGACAAAAUGGUGGGGGCUGUAAUGGCGGUGUCGCCAAAGUAGAAAUCAAGGACGACCCGGUGGACAGAUUCUUCUUCGAAAAGCGCUUCGAUGCGAAUGUCAUGUUCCUCGUGCACAAGGAGGUAGGAUUACUUAACCAGCUCGGCGACUGGCCAGGCGUGGUGAAGAUGGUAGAUCAUUUCAUCGACGAGAAAAACAAGAAAGCGAGCGUGUACAUGGAGUAUUGCGACGCAGGUGAUUUGGAGAAGGUCAUCCAGGAUUCUAGGAAGGGAACUAGGCAAGUUCACGAGCGCAAGAUUUGGCAGUGGCUGAUCGAACUGAUGGAUACGCUGGUGUACAUGCAUCGCGGACCGGAGCCUGAGAACGAUAGGAAAGUGCUGAUGUACUGGAACUCAGUGUAUCAUCGCGACAUCAAGCCGGGAAACAUUCUCUUAAAGACUGACCAUAAAGCUGGUAGGGUCGUAACGAAAAUGGCUGAUUUCGGUUGUUCGGUAUCGGCACAUUGGACGCAUAUGGUAAAGCGAGAUAAGCCCGAACAAGUGUCCAUGACCUCUGCUCUUACACCCGGCUAUGACCCUCCAGAGCAUCCAGAGUACUCUGGGGCUACCGACGUUUGGCAAGUUGCGCUUGUAAUUGCGUGCACAUGUUCCUCCAUCAUCGCACCCUGGAGCAAGCAGUGGCCAAAGGGACAAAGAUGGGACAAGGCUGCGCCAGCAGGUCGGAAGUAUUCGCAAAAGCUCAAUAAAAUCCUUGCAUGGUGCUUGACAGAAGAUCAAACGCGGCGUCCCAAGCCCUUGGAGAUAUCGAAGCGUGCCAAAGCGGACUAUGCGAGCAUCAAUCUUCCGCCAGACAACGACCCUAUGGUCAUUUUUGGGCGAGAAGUUGGCCAAGCAGUGCAGACCCCACAGCCAGCGUUCUCUCCCGGGCCAGCGUUUGGUGGCCAGCAGCCCAACUUUCAAGGCCAACGACCAGGGCUCGACCCGCAUGCCUUUUCCGACCCUGAGAUACAAAGGAUGGAGAAUCGAGGCGGUCAGUACAACGAUUUCGUGCAAGAUCAUCGAUCACCAAUGCCCAUGGCUUCUAUGAAUGGAAUUCUGCAUGGUGGUGGAGCAUACCCGGCAUACCCCUUCGAACCCUGGUACGGGCUAAGUGGGAAUGCGCCAGGUAGACCACAUGACUACUUCUCUGGCCGCGAACCAGAGGUCACGCAGCAUUUCUUGAUCAUCCCGGACAGUGAAGCGAUCCCCGACUAA